UUGUCCCCACUUCGUGCGCAUGCGUGAUAAUGGCUGCCCCCAGGACGUGCUCUUGACCGCAGUGUUUUUGGGGUUUCUAACGUGUUUAUUAACGAAUUAGUUCCGACUUUUCUCUUUAUUCCCCGCUGCGGGAUCAGCGGCAGUGUUACUGAGACUCGGGAUGCGUCUGACAGCUCUGCUCUCCAUGGCAGCGAGAGCUGCGUUUCCACGUGAUUAUCACUACGGGACGAACAGACCGUGGACUGCAGCAGCGCGGAGACUCAACCCUCCGGGGAAGAGAAGGAGGAAGGUGUUUGUGGAGCCACUUAGUCCCGAGGACUGGAGUGUGUUCAGAGGAGACGUGGUGGAGAUCCUCUCAGGUAAAGAUAAAGGGAAGCAGGGAAAAGUCACUCAGGUCUUCCGCCACCGUAACUGGGUCAUCAUCGAGGGGCUUAACACACACUACAGGUACGUGGGCAGGUCUGGAGACUACAAAGGGACGUACAUCGGGAGUGAAGCUCCUUUGCUGCUAAAGGACGUGUCCCUUGUCGACCCAACAGACCGAAAGCCCACAGAGACAGAGUGGAGGUUCACAGAGGAGGGAGAGAAGGUCCGUGUUUCCAUCAGGACGGGACGCAUCAUCCCCAAACCUGUCUUCCAGAGGAGGGACGGCAUCAUCCCACAGCAGUGGAAAGACGGGCCGAAGGACACAUCUCCUGAGGACACUCUGGAGAAAACGUACACUGCGUCACUGAAGACUCUGGAGGAGGAAGUGAUGGAGAAGAUGAACAUCCAGGAAGUCAGAAGACCCCGAAGAAGCUUCUGGUACUGAGACACACAAGUGAUUCCAGCGCAGUGUUUGUUAGACUGUAAUGACAUGGUGGAUUUACAAUAAACAUGUGUUUGUUCAA